AAUUUCCCACUCGUGUGCACAACCAAUUUAAAGGGACAGCUUUUUCGAGAGAACAAAAACGCCGACAGAGGGUGUCGUCUCUGGUGCACUCUGUGAUGCUACCUCGCAUCGGCUUUUCUAUAGAAUCCUGCCAUUAAUGGCGCGUAUCAUUAUGUCAAGAAGAGUUAUGUGAAAUUUUAGUAUCUUACUACAAUUACGAAGUAAGAUUUCGAUGAAAUGAAUUCAAUUAAAUGAGUUACGUUACAUGCAUUUAAAAAUACUAUAUCUUUUUCUCUACUCUUCUUUAUUGUGUAACGAAAUUGGUGUUGAAGUAAGAAAAGUCUGAACAAUUUGUAAACAUUUAUAAUGAUGAUAAAGAAGAAAAAAGUAUGUGAUUUAUAAGAGACGUUUUGAUUUUUAAAAGAUAAUUUAAAUAAUCAAAAUCUUACAAAUAUAGUGUUGAUGGUAUUUGGCAAGAAAUCAAAUUUUAUAAUAAAAUAUAUAAUAAUUUGCUAUGAUAAUUUAUUUUUUGUAUGAUGGAUCCUGAGAAUUCUAUUAUGUUAGAAUCAUGUGGGGAGGAGUCGAUUUUGAUCCGAACUGUAAAAAACAUGGUCAAUGAAAGCACACGUAGUGAAUUAGAAAGCGAAGAAGAAGGAUAUUUUGUAGUAACAAAUGUUCAAGAUGAACAACAAGAUGUAAUUGAAGUUUCAAAUGAGGGAUCAACAGUAAUGCAAUUGGAAGAACGAUUUUCUUGGUCCAAUUUAUGCAGAAUAUGUGCUAAUACCAAUGAUCACAUAAUCCCAAUAUUUGAUGGAGAAGGAUUACAACAUGAUUUGUGUAAUAAGAUACACAAAUAUUUACCAAUACAGAUAUCUGAAAAUGAUACGCUUCCUUUACAAUUAUGUUACCAUUGUGCUGCUACAUUAUUAGCAUGGCAUGAGUUGUCAGAAGGAUGUUUAAAUGCAGAAAGACGAUUAUUAGAAAUGCAAGGUGCUCUACAAGAAAAACAAAGUUCAGUGAAACUAGAGGCUUCCAUGCAGGAGGAUACUAUCUCUAUAUCUAAUGUAACGGAAUCUCUUCAUCAACAACAAGGCUCUGCAGGAAAGGAUGAAACUUGUGGAGAAUCAGCUGUUAAUGAUUUAGACAGGUCUGGUCUACCUCAGAAGAAAUCCUUCACUACAUGGCGCAUGACAGCCAAUGAUUGUACAGUUCCUCAAAAAUUCAUUGAAAGCAUGAAUGAUGACAGUAAUUCACUUGACAACUGUGACAGUACGGAGUUUAAUACGGCAGAAAUGACGAGAACAUUGUCACCUCCAAAUUGUCCAAACGACACAGUACCACAGUUAAAAAAGUAUACUACUUCAAAGCAUCAACAUGCAUGCAAAAAUUGUCAACGCGUUUUCAUGAGAGAAUACCAUUUGAUACGGCACAUGUCUAAGUGUAAAACUAAAUCUGUCAGGAAAAGAACUGAAAGUUCCAGGGAUAAGAACAUGCAGGAUAAAAGUCAAAAGAAGUGGAACUUGUUUCAGAAAUAUAAAAGGAAAAGGCUGCAAUCGCACCCUUGCAUGUAUUGCGAUUACACGAGUACAAAGAAGAAGUUAUUAGAGUUGCAUUUGAUGGAGUCGCAUCCAGAAUUCAAUGGAAAAAAGGAUAAGAAACUAAAAUGUGCUGAUCGUGAACUGGUGAUGCGUGCUAGAAUGGAGAUCGAUGGAAAAGUUUAUUAUCACUGUAACGAAUGUGGUAAAAAUCUUUAUUCACCGUACACAUUUUCCUGGCAUAUGCGAAUACACACAGGAGAACGUCCAUAUACUUGUCAUCUCUGCGGAAAACAAUUUCGAGUGAAUCAGGGUCUAGCAAGGCAUCUGCGAGACACUCAUGCAGGGAUUAAGAAUUUCCCAUGUGACAUCUGUGGACGAAUGUUUUCCACAAAACGCAACGCUGAAGAUCACAGGCGCAUUCACACCGGGGAACGACCAUAUGUUUGCAACGUUUGUGGCAAAUCAUUCAAACAGAAAGCUUCUCUCUUCGUGCAUAAUCGUACGCAUUCGAACGUUUUCCCUUUCAAAUGCAAUCACUGCGAGCACAGCUUCAGAACGAGACCUUCGCUCAUGGUGCACAUAACUAAACACACGGGCGAGAAGCCACACGCAUGUGACAUAUGUGGUCGAUGUUUUCGUAUAAAAUACGAAUUGAAGCGUCAUAGACUGAUACAUUCCGAUGAAAAACCGUGGCAGUGCACAGACUGCAAUCUUUCAUUUCGACAAAAACGCUAUUUAGUUAAUCAUAAGAAAAGUAAUCAUAACACGAACUCGUUUAUGGCUGCCGCUAAGUAAUGAGAGAACUCUCUUUUCAGGUAUAAUUAUGAAGUGACGAUGUGAGACAGGAGCCAAGCGUUUCGCAAGGCAACGAAAAUAUGGAAAGACGUAAUAACAAUUUCAGAAUUCAGCUACUUUCAAACAAAGUAAAUAAUCUAUCAGAUUUUGAUAAUAUUCAUAAGAAGCGAAAGGAUUGAAAAAAAAUUUUAGAAUUUUGACGACAGUCGUGUACAAUGGAGUCUCGCUAUAUGACCUCUGCAACGAGCUCCACCAUACAGUGGUAUAAUGCAUAGCGUUCAGAGGAAAUAUAAUGGAGGAUUUGGUCAUAUAAUGCAUGGUGAUCUAACGCGUAAUAAUAUAGUGUAUGAUAAUACAACACGUUACAAUGUAUGACGAUAUAAGACCUGACUAUACAAUCCAUGGCAGUGUAAUGCUCAGCAUAAGGAAGAUCUAUGAGUUACACAAAGAAGAGCCAUAUAGCGAGACUGCACUGUAAUUAGGUAGGAACCAAAAUGGACUCAAACUCUUAAAAGGGAAUUGGUUGAAACAGAAGGCAUCUCUGCACGUUCAUACAUUUAAUUCAGAAACAUUUUUCCACGAGUGCUUCCUAUGCGGCCAAAAUCUUGAGAAGAAAACAAGAAUUAAAUAAACAUAUUUUGGCAAACAGUUCUGUAGUAAAGACUGCAUUAGUCAUAAACGCGUUCAUAAACAGCAGUUGCACGCUUGUUUCGCAUGCAAUGUAAAAGUGAAUCAAGAAUGUGCCUCGAAGAACCACAACAAGAAUUUACGUAAGACUUGGCAUUC